AUGGCUGCGAGAGCGCUGAACGAGCAGGAAAAGGUACUGCAUCAGGCUGCAUUGGCGAAAACGACUCGUGUUAUCUCCAUCGACGAAGUCAAAGCUCUAGUUCCGGAUGAACAGACACGAAUACUCGCCCUCAACUUCUUGUUAUCAGCGGGCCUUUUUCGAGCGUCUUGCGAUGAUAAGGGAGCAGUAGUGGCUUUCCGAGCGUUGGAACAGGACGAAUUGGAAAGUGUCAAAGACCUCACCAUCGACGAGAUAUCAUGUUUGCACUAUAUCCGGGUAGCAGGCGACCAAGGGAUGUCUUCUCGAAAACUCAGAACAAGCACGGGACUCCACAAGGCGGCCAUGGAGAAGAGCGUCAAGACUCUUGUCAACAGGAAAUUAAUCAAGGUUAUCAAAGGCUCUCUGCAUAACACGCGUCAGCGGACGUUCAUCUUGUACGACUUGGAGCCUGGUGUCGAGAUUACGGGCGGGUCAUGGUACACCGACAAGAAGAUUGACGUCGAGUUCAUUGACCAAGUCAAGUCUUUUUGUCUUCGUUACAUCGUUGACCGGGUAUGUUACACACCAUCCUCAUGUCACCUUGUUCGACAUGCCGACGCAUUUGCCGAUCUUGUAAAUAUGUAGACUUUGCCGAAACCAUGCGACUCUGCACCGG